UGCAAAUCAAACAGGAAGCGGGAUGGUGUCCGUUGAAGUGACGGUAGUUGCUAGCGGUUGCGGCUAUAAAGCGUCUUCUUCUCCACUUACUACUUGAUCAGAUCUUCACUUUUACAGGCAAGAAUCUUGUCGUCAUGGGUUCUACGGCGCCCAUUAAGAUUGGAAUAAUUGGUGGUUCAGGCCUUGAUGAUCCAGAUAUCUUGGAGGGAAGGACUGAGCGUUAUGUUGACACACCGUAUGGAAAGCCAUCAGAUGCUCUGAUACUGGGAAAGAUAAAAAACGUGGAAUGUGUGCUCCUUGCAAGACAUGGGAGGCAACACACUAUAAUGCCAUCCAAUGUGAACUACCAGGCCAACAUCUGGGCACUGAAAGAAGAGGGCUGUACACAUUUGUUGGUUACCACAGCUUGUGGCUCACUCCGAGAGGAGAUUCAGCCAGGAGACAUUGUCAUCAUAGAUCAGUUCAUUGACAGGACUACCAAAAGAGCUCAGACUCUGUAUGACGGCCAGCCCACUAGUCCUCCAGGUGUCUGUCACAUCCCCAUGGCUGAGCCUUUCUGCAACAGAACCAGAGAGGUGUUGGUGGAGGUGGCGCGGAGCCUGGGGGUCAAGUGCCAUGUACGAGGGACUAUGCUGACUAUUGAGGGGCCCCGCUUUUCCUCGCGGGCCGAGAGCCUGAUGUUCCGCCAGUGGGGCGCUGACGUCAUCAAUAUGACCACUGUGCCAGAGGUGGUCCUCGCCAAGGAGGCCGGCUUGUGCUAUGCCAGCAUCGCCAUGGCAACAGACUACGACUGUUGGAAGGAACACGAGGAGGCGGUCUGUGUUGACAACGUAAUGAAGACGAUGAAGGAGAACGCCAACAAAGCCAGCAGUAUUCUCCUAACUGCAAUACCACAGAUUAGUCAGAUGGACUGGGCUCAGACAAUGAAGACCUUGAAAUCAAUGGCACAAUCUUCAGUAAUGUUACCAAAACACUAAGAAAACAGUGAAGUAGAAAAGGAUCCGGACCCCAGAAAGGACAUGGACAACAGACUCUGCCUGUGGAUUUGUUAUUAGUGAAACAAGAAAGUGCCUCACAUAAAUAAUGCAUGUGCUCUGUCUUCAGCUGAAGUUCAGUGUUUUUUCUUUGACUCAAAAUAAACAUAACACCCCCUCCCCCUGAUUCACAGCUCACUCUUUUUCUCUGGAACUCUUAUCAGUAUCAUAACUUUUCUUUCACAUGUUUCGGUACAAUCAUGUGAAAAAAUUUUAAGUCUUCUUAAGAUUCUACUCAUUUUUGUGUGUGUGUGUGUGUGUGUGUGAGAGGAGUAGAAUCUUAAGAAGACUUAAAAUUUUUUCACAUGAUUGUACCGAAACAUGAAACUAUUUUUUUUUUGUUUUUUUGUCUCUGUAAGCAUUCGGAAUUUGUUUGUUGCCUGUAAACCAUUAGUGUCUUUAUUGCAGGUAAUGCAGGAGAUAAUAAAAAUGCUUUGCAAGUUUAGCACAUUGAGAUUUUGUUACUGCCUUAGUUAUGAUGAACUAUGAUAAUGUUUUUAAAGUUGAAUCUGAUGUCUUAAACAUUUGUUGGAAUUACUCAAGUAAAAUAUUUUACAUGUCUGUACACAUUUCAGCAACAUUUAGGAUAAUAUAUGAUUCAUGGAAUACUUUCAUUUAAUUUGCUCUUCAUGAUGGUUUUUGUGUUUCCCGAAUCAAAACAACCAACAGCAUUUCAUUUAUAUAUUGGAUACUGCACUGUACAUGCAAACUGUUUUCCAGCUAUCAUUAAAUUAGCUAAUUGGAGAACUUUUGA